AUGUGGAAGCGACAGCAGGGCCGCUUCAGGCCUGUGGGCUGCGGGGUGGAAGAGCUACGGCGCUGCCGGCGGGAGCGGGAGGCAGCACUGCGGAAGGCGCGGAGGGAGCAACAGCUGGUCAGCAAGAGGCUGCUGAGAGACGACGCCUUGGAGAAAGCCGGAGGGGUGGCCACGAUCCUCGGGGAAGCCGAGAUCCAGCAGUUUCUGCGGCUAGCCCAGCGGGGGACAGAGGAAAAGGAGAAAGAGAAGGCUCUGGUCAGCCUUCGUCAAGGCUUACAGCACCCUGAGACACAGCAGACUUUCAUCCGGCUGGAGGGUAGCAUGCGUACCCUAGUCGGGUUCCUGACAAGCAACAAGGCCCUGCUGCAGCUUGAGGCGGCUCGGUGCCUGCAUGAGCUCUCUCAUUCUGAGCAGCCUGCGGUGGCUGAGGCCUGCCUGCCAGCCACUUCCUACCUCCUCACCUACCUCUCCGGUCACAGCUCAGACUUCAUAGAGCUAUGUCUGUAUACACUGGGUAACCUGAUCGUGGGGAGUGAGGCUGUGAGAAGGCAGCUCCUGCCACAGGGCAUUGUCCCAGCCUUGGCUGCCUGCAUCCAGUCCCCCCAUGUGGCUGUGCUGGAAGCCCUUGGGUAUGCCUUGUCCCAGCUUCUGCAGGCUAAGGAAGCUCCAGAGAAGAUAAUUCCUUCCAUCCUGGGCUCUGCUCUUCAUCAGCACAUGCUGCGGCUGUUGCAGCCUGGCCCAAAGCUGAGCCCUGGGGUUGCUGUGGAGUUUGCCUGGUGUCUUCACUACAUUAUCUGCAGUCAGGUCAACAAUCCCCUGCUCAUUGCCCAUGGGGCUCUGUCCACUCUGGGGCUGCUGUUGGUGGAUUUAGCUGGAGCUGUCCAGAGAACUGAGGACACAGGACUGGAACUGCUGGCAUGCCCUGUGCUUCGGUGUCUCAGCAAUCUGCUAACAGAGGCAGAAGUGGAGGCUAUGGGAGGGCAGCUUGAAGAUGAGCGUCUCGUGGCUGCCUUAUUUAUCCUUCUGCACUUCUUCUUCCAGAAACAGCCCAGCCUACUUCCUGAGGGUCUCUGGCUCCUUAACAACCUCACUGCAAACAGUCCUAGUUUCUGCACCUCUCUGCUCUCCCUGCAUCUGAUUGAACCUCUCUUGCAGCUAUUGCCAGUAUCUAACGUGGUGAGCGUAUUGGUGCUCACAGUACUGUGCAACAUUGCAGAGAAAGGUCCUGCUUACUGCCAGCGGCUGUGGCCCGGGCCUCUGCUCCACUCCUUGCUGGACAUGUUGGCUUUCUCUGACACUGAAGUAGUGGGCCAGAGUUUAGAGCUGCUGCAGCUGUUGUUCCUCUAUCAGGCGGAGGCAGCCCAGGCCUUCCUGCAGCAAUCAGGGCUGCAGGCUCUAGAAAGGCAUGAGAAGGAAGCCCAGCUCAAGGAUCGUGUGCAUGCUCUCUGGAAAACAGCUCUCCAUAGGGGACCUGAUUUCUAGAUGUCACUCAACACCC